AUGGUAGUUGGAUCUAUGUGUGCCGAAAUGUAUCGUAUAUUUAAUUCUGAUGGCGUAAGAAUGUUACAGUUUAUGUUGUAUCUAACAGAAGGCCUGAACCUGAUGAUUGGAAAACGUAGAGAAAUAGGACGGAAUGUUGAAUAUGAGCAGCAGCGUAAGGAUCUUGACGACACACGGGUUGACGCAAAAAAUCUACGGAAGACACAGAAGGACAAAGACAAACGCUAUGCCGAGCUUGAGAAACAUAACUUUGAGUUAGAAAAUUCCAUCAUUGAUUUACAAACACGUUCUAUGAACAAUAAUUUGAUAUGUUAUGGUAUUCCGGAACCGAAUAAUGACGAGAAUGUGAAAGAGGAUUGCGAAUCCUUAGUUAAAGAGCUAAUCAGCACGCAUAUUAAUUUAGACACUACCAACAUGGAAUUUGUGAGAGCGCACCGUCUGGGAUCGGAUCGCGCCAAAAAACCGCGAGGUAUUGUUGUUAAAUUCCAGGAUUACAAAGACCGCGAAAAAGUUCGCAAGAGAUCAUAA